GUAAAUCCCCUUCAUUUUAUAAUUUUUCCACCAGUGUCUAGGUCGUUGCGUAGCAUUUUACUAUAUUCUUAAACCACUUAUGACUUGAUAGUCUUCGUGAUCUUGAUAACCUUCUUAAAUUGCGGGACUCGCCUUUGUUUUAUUGUAAGCUGCUAUUUGUAAAAACUAGCUAUAAGUACGACUACAAAGUAAUUGACAGUACAAAAACAACAGAUUAUUAGAUUACGUAGUGAUUGUAACAGUCAUUAGAAUUUCCUCGGAACUCCAUUCCCUAAAGAUGGUGAAAGGCUCUAGAUUAUAUCUUAUAUUUGUCGGUUUUUUUUCCAUUUAGAAUGCUUAAGAUAAACCGAGUGUGGACUUAAUUUAUGGAAGCGGCUAUGCCCAACAAAGAUUGUUUGAUAGAAAAAUUAAGUUCUUUGUGAACUAUGCUAAUCGGUCGCCGAACAUCAACCGGGUCAUAUUUAGUUGUGUAAUUCUAUAAACAUUUGUCCAUAUUAUAAGUUAAUUGCAUAUUGCCUAUUUACUCAUUUAAUCAUAUUUUUUGAUGGGAACUAACUUUCGAUUAUUAGUCGCAAUUUAUCUGUUUAAACAGAAGAGAUUAACGAUCUUUUUAAAUGCUGUGUCAAUGGCUUUCAAAUUGAUAAUAUUGAUUUAACACACUUCCAGUGACUGCUAACAUAUUUAAAUUGAAUUCACGACUUAUAUAUGAAUUGAUGGAUAAAAUUAUAUGUCCUCUCAGUGUAUUUUUACUUGUGAUUACUUCCGCCAACAAAUCAGAAAGAGUUUAUGAUUUUAUCACUGAACAAGAUGUGAAGGGAUAUCCGAUACAAGAGACUAUUGGAUUUCGAACAUUUCAACAGAUGAGUAAUCCACAAUACAGAGAAUAUGAAAAUGGUUUCCCACCUGGUAUUUAUGGGUCUUCUAUUAUACCUACUACUAUAUGGUAUCAUUACUGGAGUCGGGAUAAUUAUGAAGAUAUGUUUCCGCAUAAUGGAAAUAUGUACUUAGCUGAUGUGAAUUGGCCUCACAUAGUCACAUUAUGUGAUGAAACCAAACAUCCAAGAUGUUCAUGGGCUUAUUUUUUAGCAUUGAUGCAACCUACUUCUCAUAAUCCACACUUGCUAAAACAAAUAUUCGGUGAAGAGUUUGAGAGAUUAUCAAAUAAACACUUCAUUACACCAAUUAUACGUGGUGGAUGUUAUCGUUUAAGGACAAUAGAUCAAAUGAGUUUAAUAUACAUAUAUACCAUAUGUCAUCUUUAUGGUGAGGUAAAGGAAGCUAUUCCUGACUUAGAAGUAUGUCCAAAUCCAUGUAAGCGAAGACCAUGUCAUUAUAUUCAAAAUGCAGUUGGUGGUUCUUGUAAACGUCGUGGCUAUCAUAAAGAUGAUUAUGAAUGUUUAUGUCAAUCAGGAUACAAAUGGGAAAAGGACCUAUUAUUGUGUACUAUAAUUGAUACAUGCAAAUUGUUUUGUAAUCAGGAGACAACUGAAUCUUGUUUUCUUAAUCAAACAACAGGUGUAGCUACAUGUAUUUGUAAAACUGGUUACACCGGAUAUGAUUGUAAUCAACCAUUCGACGCUUGCAUAUUUGAUACAACUUUGAAAAUGAAUCCGUUAGAUGCUAGUCCAUAUAUACCAUCAGGAUAUGAAGCAUGUGGAGUUCUGUUAAAUCCAACUAAUAAAUGCAAUUCAAUGAAUGAUAUGUUAACUUACAAUUGUACUUGCAGUAUAGGAUAUACAAGAGAUUUGUCUUUACCAUAUGAUAACUGUUUGAAACAAAAAGAUGGAUGUGAUACACGAUUAUGUUUGCAUGGUGAAUGUAUAAGUUCAAAAGAUCUUACUAACAGUGUCUGUGAUUGUGAGGAAGGAUAUAGAGGUGAAAAAUGUGAUAUACCUAGAAGUAUUUGGUCACAUUGGUCAGAGUGGACAUUUUGUGAACAGGAUCUCGGAUCUACUGGACAGAGUACAAGGAUACGUUUAUGUUUAUAUGAAAAUGAAGAGGAUUGUGUGGGUGAAUUGGAACAGGUACGAUUAUGUGAACCAAAUAUAACUUUUACACAAAAUGCAUCUAUUUCAGAAAUAACAUGGAAUGAUUUUACACAAUGGAGUGAAAACGCAAUGUUAUACACUUUGGUUUAUGUGGGAUUCGUAGCUAUAUUAUUGAAAUUCCUAAAUUUGUAUAAGCACCAUUGUCCAGAUUUAAACAAGACGUUAUGAUAUAUCUCAAGUGUAUUUUUUACUGUAUUAAUCAAAAUGUCAAAUCUAUUAAUCAUAAAAAUACAGUAAAUCAAUGGGUUACAGGUUAAAAGUGCUCAAAUAAAUAAAAGAUUUAAUCCAUUCUAACCAUCAGCUUAUUCGCAGAGACAUAAUUAUUAACUAAAAUGUAUCACUGAAAUUUCGGUUCACUUGAAUUUUUUUUAUAGAUAAGCAGAAUACUAUUGUACAAGUUUAUAAGUAAUAAUACUUAGUUAUUACAGCUUUUUUCAACAAGUCAGUUGUACGCUUUUAAUGUAAAUAGUGGUGCAGUAUAAAAGACAAAUAAAUGAGUGGUUUUUCUUC